UGCAAAGGAUCUCUUCAUUGUGAGAAUGGGUAUCUCCACACCUCCCUGUCUCACAUCACAUAUAAGUCAGUUAGAGACACACGUUCAAUGAUCACCUGUGAUAGAACGAAUGUCCAGGUAGCGACAAUAACACACUUUCUCGUCUUAUUGGAUUAACUGUCUGCUCUUCCUCUUUGGAAUGAGUUUCUUCAGACGCAACAAGAAGAAUGAGGACAAAAAGGAUCCACUCAAGACUGAAGAUGUGAUGGACAGCCCCACCUCUCCACUACAGUCCCCUAUGAUAGAGAACGAUGGGCUGGACCCUGUCAUCACUGAAUAUGGGUCGGAGAAAUCUGACCUGUCAGUGGCUCUUCAAGACUGUAUGACAGCACUGGAUCUGUUCCUACAAAAUGAGUUUGAUGAGGCUCUUACCAGACUUAAGAGCAGGAAUAAAGACAGCAUGUACCACGCACUUACAUAUGCCACCAUACUGGAAAUGCAGGCCAUGAUGACCUUUAACCCGGAGGAUAUCUUGACAGCUGGAAACACUAUGAAAGAAGCACAGGCUUUGUGCCAACGGUACCGUAAAAAGUCUUCAUUCAACAGCAAACACUUCACAGAAGAGGAGCUCCAUGCUGAAGUGUGCUAUGCUGAAUGUCUUCUCCAGAGGGCAGCACUCACUUUCCUGCAGGAUGAAAACAUGAUCAGCUUCAUCAAGGGUGGAAUAAAAGUGAGAAACAGUUAUCAAAUAUACAAGGAGCUACAUACAUUCCUGAAGUCCUCAGCUUAUGUAAAUGGUUACAAUCACGGUCAUUUUGAAGGAGGAGUUAAACUCGGGGUCGGGGCCUUUAAUCUGAUGUUGUCGAUGUUGCCAACGAGGACUCUCAAGUUGUUGGAAUUUGUGGGCAUCUCUGGUAACAAAGAGUGUGGUCUUGACCAGCUUCAGGAGGGGUCAGCCGAGCUCACAUUCAGGUCUUUUCUAUGUACCAUGUUGUUACUUUGCUACCACACCUUCAUGAGCUUCAUUCUGGGCACUGGAGAGGGAGACGUAGAAGAUGCAGAAAAAUUACUCCAGCCUUAUCUGAAAAAGUAUCCAAAGGGAUCCAUUUUCCUGUUCUUCGCUGGCCGAAUAGAGGAAAUCAAAGGAAAUAUAGAUGCUGCUAUCAAGCGUUUCGAGGAGUGCUGUGAGGCCCAGCAGCACUGGAAACAGUUCCAUCACAUGUGUUACUGGGAACUGAUGUGGUGUUUCACAUAUAAGAGACAAUGGAAGAUGGCCUACAUUUAUGCAGAUCUACUUAGCAAGGAGAACGCCUGGUCCAAGGCCAUGUACGCAUAUAUGAAAGGUGCUUACCUCAGCAUGCUGAGUCGUGAAGAAAGCCAGCCUUUCACCGAGGACGAGGUGGCUUUGUUUAGGCAAGUUCCUGGUCUGAAGCAGAAAAUAGCUGGAAAGUCGUUGCCCACGGAGAAGUUUGCCAUCAGAAAAGCCAGACGCUAUAAUUCAGAAAAUCACAUUCCUCUUCCUGCACCGCCAUUGGAAAUGAUGUAUAUCUGGAACGGCUACACUGUGAUCGGGAAGCACAAGGACCUGACAGAGGGCAUUCUGGAGACCCUGAACGAGGCCCAGCAGAGAAUUGAGCAACAGCCAAGGAAUGAGUUUACCACAGAUGACCUGUGUGUUGUCAGUCUGUUGAAAGGACUCUGUCUCAAACACUUGGGCCGUAAGGAUGAAGCCGAACAAUACUUCACCCUGGUCCUUUGCAAUGAAAGUCAGAUUAAAUAUGAUCACUACCUAGUGCCGAAUGCUCUUCUGGAACAUGGUUUGCUGUGUCUGGAGGUGGGCAGAAUAGAAGAAGCUAUAAGACAUCUGGAGGCAGCCAGGCAAAAUUACAAGAACUACUCCAUGGAAUCACGAACACACUUCCGAAUUCAGGCAGCGCUGCAGAAGGCACGAGGGAUGGUCGAGAACGGAGACACCUGCUCACCCUCCAGUUCUUAAUGGCAGCCGAGAUCGAGCUUGACGCUUGGCGUGGAAGAGCAUGUACCAAAAAGAGGACUAAAAGGAGCACAUGUGACCCAUUAGAGCAGAACUGAACAUAGAUACAAAUCAUGACACAGGCAAUGUGCGAAUCAGUUAAGGCACAGAAAUGACAACAGGCUAUUAUUAUUUUAAAAUCAGCCAAGAUUGUUUUUGUUUAAAAUGGUAUGUUUAUUAUAGUAAACAACAAGAAUAACAUAUUGGUAAAUCGGGAUAAGUAAGAACUUUGUCAGCUGUGAAACUUGUCAAUUAUUUGGGAUACCUGCAGAACUUGUAUUGGUAAUGCUCUCCGCAACCUUUGGUCAACCUGACAUUAUGAACCCAGACAUGGCUGUGCCUUUUGUCCAAUCGUAAUGCAUGUUUUAUUUGGUCUAAAUAAGCAUAGCUAUUAGUUUACAUUGCAAUCUUUUGAGGUUAAAUAGGUUACAGAAUCAAGCCACCAAAUGUUAAAUUAAUGCAAGUUUUUACAUCAUGGGUCAAAUCUCAUGGACUGGAUAAGUCCUGUUCUAACAGUUUCUUUGUUUUUGUGUACAUAAUCUGUUUUAGUGUUAAAUAACAAAUGGUCUGACUUAAUCACAGUGUUGGGCAAGUUACUUGGGAAAAAGUUAUUAAUUACUAAAUUACAUAUUCAAUAGUGUAAUUAGAUUACUGUAUAAAUUUCUCUCUCCAAAAAGUCUAUAUAUCCUGUAUCAACCUUGAUUAGUUAAAUGAUUCGAGGAUAGAAAUGCGUAAGAAGUUUACAUUCUAGUCGACGGAACAACAUGAAACGGCUCUUUUAAUUCAUUCCAAUUAAUAAUAUAAAACUACAUACCACUCACCAAAGUAUUACAAAUGCAGAAUUAUACAUUAGAGCACAGAUUUUAAAAGUCUUUUUCCAUUCCACUAUUGCACACACAAAUAUUACAUAAAGUAUUUAGUUUAAUUACAUCAGAAGUAACUGUAAUUAAAUUAUAGAGUAAUCCCUUACUUUACUUUUCAAGAGAAAAUUAAUUAAAUUACACUACAACUAAUAAUUUAGUAUCUAGUUACACCCAACACUCCUUAUUUGCAGAAAAACACUAGUAAAAUGCACACUGGAAUUUUGGGAGGUUGUUUAGUUUUAUUUUGCUUUUUUAAUAUUUAUUCACUGUUAUGUAACCUUUGAAACUGUCCGGGUUUAAGUUGGGCAGCUGAAUGUGUCUUUUAGAAAGGCAGUGUCCUUCAUGUGGACUGAGUCCAAAUCGUACUUGAGCUCAAACAAACAAGUCUUUUACAUGCAUGCAGGACAGGCUGGUGUGCCUGUUUCAGCCAGCGUGAGGGAUGCAUGGAUAACCACUAAAGCCUUACAUUAUGAAAGAGAGAAAAACUUGGAGCUGGCUCAGGACAGAGAAUUUGAUUUGUUUAGUAUAUGUAUGCUGCUUAAGAGCUUUUCACAAUAGUGUAAACAAUCUUAAUAGAGCUAGAAAAUUGUUCUCAAAUAAAGUGUAUGUAUUUUUUUGUUAGACUGUCUUGUAUCGCAAGGCCUAUUUUUGAAUAAUUUAUCCCAUUUUAUCCACUUGUCUGUUUUAUGAUAUUCAGAUCUGCCAAAGUUAAGGAAAAACAUCAUCAGAUCACGUCAUACCAUGCAUUUGAUGUAUACAUGAUGUACGUUUAUUAUCGAAAGAUCUGACCAGCAAAGUCACACUGACUCUUAAAUGGUAAAUGAGAAAUGUGUACAAAUGAAUGAUGUGUGUUUUAUUUCUCUCAUUCAAUAUUCUUACUGUUUCACAUUGAUUUUACAGGCUUUGGGCUAUAGAGGUCAGCAAAUCCUGUAUGUGGUGCAUGGCUACUGUACAAAUAGGCGUUCAUGUAAAUACUUACAUUUUCUAAUUUAAAAUUAAAUGACAUAAUUACAUUCUGGACCUUUUUGCUUUCCUCUGUUGUGCACAUGACUUAUCCAUACGUAGAAAUCAGUGCUGUAUGUGACGAAACAAUAAAACAAAAUAUCCAA